UUUAAUUGUUGUCUGAGAAAUUUAUUCGAUGCUUUAAGAGAAUUUGGAAUGGCAAUUCGGCUGUUUUUUGUUGUAAUUCUUUGGUUAACGUGGUUAUUACAAUGCACAGCCCUUACAGAAGAAAAUAAGAAACUAUAUGAAUCAAGAAAUUUGGAAGAAUGGAAAUCACAUUGGCAUACAGAAAAGCAACGAAUAUGUGAUUUUCACACAAUAGAUAGCUAUGUGUCAUUAGCUUGUGAAAAAGAUAUUUACAAAAUAGAUAAUGAGGAUCUUUCUCACAAUUCAAAUACUUUUAGCAGUUUAGUGAAGAGAGAUGAAUAUCUGCCGAUUGGUUCAGCAUAUAGCUUUGGAAUAAACAAAAGAAACCGCGUAUUAAAACGAAGAAAAAGAGGAAUUUUUCAAGAAUGCUGUGAUAAUGUCAAUGGAUGUUGUUGGGAAGAAUUAGCAGAAUAUUGUCAAAAUAAUAACCGGAGAAUAAAUCACGGAAAUAUAGUUUAAAAUGAUCUAAAUCUGACUUUAAUAUUCUUAUUAAACGUAUGUCAAUUGCUUACCAAUUGUUAUAAUGAUAAAUAUAUCAAUUAUUUAAUAACGCUGUUGUUAUAAAUUGUAUGUAAAAUUAAAUUUUAUAU